CUUGCCACACACGCCCCACUCUCAACGAUGCUCUGGGACGCAUUGUUCGACCGCGUGUCCGAGGCGGCCGGCGCCCCGGCCGACCAGUGCAAGCUCAUCUUCUCAAUGCUGGUGUCGUUCCCCCUCGCGUCGAUAUUCGUGCGCCUGCCGGCGUCGCGACCCAACCUCGCCCACCUCUUCUCCCUUGUCGUGUCCACCUUCUUCCUCUGGCCCUUCUUGGGCCUCGGGCGCGGGUACCUCCACCUGCUCAUCUCGAGCGCCGUGACCUAUGUCGUGGUGGCCAGCGUGCGGAGCAAGCACAUGCCGUGGAUCGUGUUUGUCCUCACAAUGGGCCACCUCACCGUCAUCCACAUCUACCGCACCCUCAACUCGAUCCCCACGAGCACCAUUGAGAUCUCGGGCUCCCAGAUGGUGCUCGUGAUGAAGCUCACCACGUUCGCGUGGAACGUCCAUGACGGCCGGCAGAAGAUCGAGGACCUCGACGAGGGACAGAAGGCGACGCGCCUGACGCAGCUGCCUGGCCCGCUGCCCUUCCUUGGAUACUGCUUCUUCUUCCCCUCAGUUCUCGUCGGCCCGUCGUUCGACUACGCGACGUACAACGCGCUCAUCACCAAGACCAUCUACGACGCGCCCGUCCCCGACGCCGACCCGACCCACACCAAGCGCUUCAAGGGCCGCACGCCGCACGGCCGCAGGCGCGUCGCGUACCUCCACCUCGUUAUCGGCCUUGCCUUCCUCGCCAUCUUCGCCGUCCUCGGCGCGCGUGGAGCGUACUCGCGCAUCCUCGAGCCUACGUGGUACACGUGGACUCUGUCGACCCGGUUCGGCUUUGUGCAGUUUGCCGGCUUUGUCGCGCGCACCAAGUACUAUGCCGUGUGGAGCCUGUCCGAGGGCGCGUGUAUCCUCACCGGCAUCGGCUUCAACGGCUACGACCCCAAGACUGGACGUACGCUGUGGAACCGUGUCCGCAACAUCAACAUUCUGUCGAUUGAGACGGCCGAGAGCUUCAAGGUGCUGUUCGACAGCUGGAACUGCCGCACCAACGUCUGGCUCCGCGACCAGGUCUACAAGCGUCUUACGCCCAAGGGCAAGAAGCCCGGAUCGGUGCAGAGCAUGGCGACGUUUGUGACCUCGGCCUUCUGGCACGGCGUCGACCCUGGCUACUACCUCGCCUUUGUCACCGCUGGCCUCCUCUCGUCGCUCGGCAGACAGCUUAGGCGCUACGUCCGCCCCUACUUCCUUCCCCUCGGCUCAGAGGGCGCGGCCAAGCCCAACUCGAUGCCCCGCUGGCCGUUCCCCAACCUCGCCAAGCGCACGUACGACGUCGUCGGCUGGGUCAUGGUGCAGAUCAACCUCAACUAUGUCGCGUCGGCCUUCCUCCUCCUCCGCGCCGACUACUGCAUCACCGCCUGGUCCAGAAUGUACUGGUACUCGCACAUCAUUAUUGCUGUCGCCAUUGGCUUCUUCCAGCUCGGUGGCCGCCGCUGGCUGCGCAAGGGCAUCCCUCCUCGUGUCCCCAAGUCCAAGGUCCCGCUCCAAGUGCCCGAGGUCACCCUGUCCCCUCCGUCGCCUAUCGCCCAGGAGGACGCGAGCGCCAACGCCACACAUCCCACCGAGGAGGACGACUCGAACGACGCCGACCUCGAGUGGGUCCGCCACGACCUCCAGUCAAAGACCAAGGGCGGUGUGCCCUUCGACGCCGGCCUCAUCGACGACUUCCUCGAGGGCGUCGAGACGCCACGAGCAGGCACCCCCAAGCCCAAGGACGAUUAGGGGCCUCUGUCCUCCCUACCUAGACUCAUACACCUAUCUACCACCUAAUGCUGCGCGCAGCGCGCGCGUUUGGCACGUUAUAGCUAUGAUGGAUGAGAAUGAAC